AUGAAAAGCAUUUCUGUGGACUUGUAUGCCUGGCGGUUACUUAACCAUCCUGAUUCAGUUGUUAUGUUUGUCUUGGGAGACGUAUCCCGAGACUUGGCCUUUGUCAAUGAGCUUGCCGACUUGAGAAUGAGUAAUUUUAGAGUCCUUUUAUGCCAGCCUUCAAGUGCAAGAGGAUUGAUAUUUUCUCCUGUAACUAGAGCCUGGUAUUGGGACAGCCUAUCUUUAGGAGGACCCCCUAUUUCGGAUGAGGCACGCAGUCAGCCAUUGACGUGGAAAAACCUCUUGAUUAAUAUGUGUUUCAACCAGAGUUUAGUGAUGAUGAGCUUGAAGAACCAUUGGCUCCCAAAGAACCAUUGGAGCCCAAAGAACACUUACUUGGUGAGAGCUGAAAGAGCAGUGCCUGAUAGAGCAGUAACCAUGAUACUUAUUCCGAGGAGCAAUCACAAGUAUUGGUAG